UGGCGAUGGUUUUGAUCAGCUGGACGGGGUCAGCUUUCAUGGAAGACAUGUUGCAGAUCGAAGCCUGAGGGUGUAAUUUGUGAUUAUCAAAUUAAAAUGAAUAAGCCAUUGAGCGCAGAUGAUAUUGCGGCCAUGGAGAGCCAGUUGCGGGACUGUGUGGCGGAAGACAGAAAGCACUGGCAGAUCAACGAUGUGAAAUGUGAUGCCAUUCACACUGCCAAGUCUUAUGAGGAGUUUGCGGACCGCGUAGCAGCAGCGCACUUGCGACCUUUGGAGAAAAGUGACUUUAAGAACAAAGCCAAAAGAAGCUGGAACCAGUAUGCAGCGAAAGAAAAGGAAGACCAAGAAUAGUGGCAUAUUGUGUUAAUUAUAACGUGUGGUUCAGUAUUUAUUUAGAAUUAGAAUGCACCAUUUAA